UAGUUCGCCGUUGAUUUUCCCGGACUUUCUUGCUUAUCUCAUCGCUCCAAUCAAAAUCAGUUUUUGAGCCAAACCCAAUCCAUUUCACCCCCUUAAAUACCGCCCCUUAAACUUUGAUUAUGCACAUUCAUUCUCUUUUAAACUAAAUUUUCAAGUUUUCUUUUAUACUUUCCCGGCAACCAAACGCGUGGACAUUUUAAAGUCUCAGGAGUUUCUGACUCAUUUGCUUCUGUUGCAUUGAUGUUUGGAAUGAAGGGUUUGAUGAAACGAUGGGGUUGGGUGCUUGGAGCUCUCAUCGCGAUUUUCGUUGCGGUAGCUAUGACUACUAGACCUUGCCCUCGAAUUUCUCUCCUUGGACGGACUGAUAAGCCUUGUCGCUGUGAUCGGGAUCAACAUAAGUUUAGUGGGAUCGUGGAGGAUUGUUGUUGUGACUAUGAGACUGUGGAUCAUCUGAACGAGGAAGUUCUGCAUCCAUCACUCCAAGAGCUUGUGAAGACUCCAUUUUUCCGGUACUUCAAGGUCAAAUUAUGGUGCGACUGCCCUUUCUGGCCUGAUGAUGGUAUGUGCCGUCUGCGAGACUGCAGUGUUUGUGAAUGUCCAGAAAAUGAGUUCCCUGAAUCAUUCAAGAAUUACCAAAGGAGUCUUUCAGCUGAUGACCUUGUUUGUCAAGAGGGAAAGCCACAGGCUGCUGUGGACCGCACCCUGGAUAGUAAUGCCUUUAGAGGCUGGACAGUAACGGACAAUCCUUGGACGAAUGAUGAUGAGACCGACAAUACUGAGAUGACAUAUGUGAAUCUACAACUUAAUCCUGAAAGAUAUACUGGCUACACGGGGCCAUCUGCUAGAAGGAUAUGGGAUGCCGUUUACGCGGAGAACUGUCCCAAAUAUCCUUCUGAAGAACUUUGCCAGGAAGAAAGAAUUUUGUACAAGUUGAUAUCUGGUCUUCACUCCUCUAUUUCAGUCCACAUAGCUGCUGAUUAUCUACUUGAUGAAGCUAAAAAUCUGUGGGGUCAAAAUAUCUCAUUACUACAUGAUCGAGUCUUAAGAUAUCCAGACCGUGUGAGAAACUUAUACUUCACAUAUCUCUUUGUUCUCAGAGCUGUGACUAAGGCUGCACCCUACUUGGAACAUGCUGAGUAUGAAACUGGUAACCCUGUUGAGGAUCUGAAAACACAGUCAUUAAUGAAACAGCUGCUCUUUAGUCCCAAACUACAAGCUGCUUGCCCUGUCCCCUUUGAUGAAGCUAAUUUGUGGAAGGGGCAAAGGGGACCUGAACUAAAGCAAAACAUACAGAAGCAGUUCAGAAACAUUAGUGCGUUGAUGGAUUGCGUAGGAUGUGAGAAGUGUCGACUUUGGGGAAAGCUUCAGGUUCUUGGUCUUGGCACUGCGUUAAAGAUUCUCUUUUCUGUUGAUGCCCACAAGAACAUCGAUCAGACGCUGCAGUUGCAAAGGAAUGAAGUUAUUGCCCUGUUGAACCUACUCAAUCGACUAUCCGAAUCAGUAAAAUUCGUCCACGAAGUAGGAACAUCAUCUGAAAUUACCAGGAAGGGACAGAUUUCAGCACCCAUUACAUCAAACUGCCCAUUACAAAGGAUAUGGGCAUCAUUAUUUGACGGACCUGCACCAAGUUGUCCAUUACAAAGGAUGUGGUCCUCUGUAAAUGCACCUACUGUCGAGAAUUGUCCAUUGAAAAGGAUAUGGGCAUCGUUAACACAAAGGUAAGGCUAACAAGUUGGUUUCCGAGGAAGGGAAAACAACAUUUUAGAAGAGAAAAACAAUAAGGACAUGUAUAAGUAUGUUUGACAUUUUUGUACACUGUAGUAUAACUAUAUUUUGUAAGUUUUCAUAGUUCAGAGUUUAUAAAAAUAAUUACAAAGAAAAGCA